AAUGUGAUUCGCUGCUGCUGAAAGGUGAAAGGUUAACAUCUUAUGUAGCCACUAAGCUAGCAGGAACAUUGUUUACAGCGUUUUGUUUGGUCUUUUCUGCUACCGUAACAGCAUCGUUUACUACUCGUGCGUGCAAGUGAGUUAUACUCGGUAAUUUUGGCGACAUAAAACAAUUGUAUUGAAAGUCUUCCUCGCUGUGAAGGGAGGAACUUGAGCUACCAGCGCGCAUACUGGCUGGCGUCUUCCAUCGAGUAGGGUAAUGUGUCAAAUAUGACCUUGUUGGUACUGUCAGCUGAAGGGCGAUUUUAAGCUUAUGUCCUUAGUAAUGGCAUACACCAGGCUGUUUCACUUAUUCAUCAGAGCUAAAAGUUCCACCCAAACGCAAGUCGCCGGGGGUGGACGCUGCUUCCGUAAACAUGUCAGCACUUCAGCCUGGCGAGGGCAGAGCCGCAUGUCUGCUUGGGUCAUCGACCAGUUUGGCACUAAUGAAGUGCUCAGGUACUCUGACGACAUCCCGGUGCCUACGAUCACCUCGUCCAGCCAGGUGAUGAUCCAAGUGCACGCUGCCAGUCUCAAUCCUUUGGAUGUGGCCAUGAGAGGAGGGUAUGGUGCUAAGAUGCUGAAGCUACGAAAGGACCCAUUUUCUAUAAUGGACAAUGAUAGUGGUUUUCCUCUGAUCCUGGGUCGAGAUGUGUCUGGUGUUGUCGUGGACUGUGGAUCUGAGGUUGCUCACUUUGUUCCAGGAGAUGAGGUUUGGGCUACUGUUCCCCCGUGGCAACAAGGCAGCCUGGCGGAGUUUGUCAAUCUAACAGAGUUUGAGGUGUCCUACAAGCCCGAAUCUUUGAGUCACAUGGAGGCGGCGUCCAUCCCCUACGUAGCCAGCACUGUGCUGUCCGCACUUGGUAUUGCGGGUGGUCUUUGCAGAGACAACUCCUUUAAUAAAAGAGUUUUGAUUACCGGGGGAUCAGGAGGUGUCGGGACGUUUGCAAUUCAGUUGGCAAAGGCCUGGGGUGCCCACGUUACGGUCACUUGCUCGCAGAAUGCCGAGGGACUCGUCAGAGGUCUCGGAGCCGAUGAGGUGGUGGACUACGCCGCGGAAGAUGCGGCGGACCAACUCGAAACAAUGGAGAGAUUUGACGUGGUUUUAGACGGCGUGGGCGGGGACACCGAGGAAUGGGCGGUGGGCCUGCUGAAACCCUGGUCCGGGGCCAAGUACGUCACGCUGGUAACCCCUUUGCUCUCCGAAACGGAUACCCUUGGCCUGCUGGAAGGACUCAUUCACGCCGGAUCCACCCUGAACACCAAGGUCAUACAGAAUAUAAUAUCAAAUGGCAUCUUCUACCGCUGGGGGUUCUACGCUCCAGAUGGGCCUGGCCUGGAUGAGAUCAGCAAGCUGGUGGAUGCCGGGAAGAUCUUGCCAGUGGUGGAGGCCCAGUUUCCAUUCAGCCAGGUGCCUCAGGCUUUUCAGAAGUUGGAGUGCGGCCACGCCAGAGGCAAGACGGUCGUCAACGUGGCCGAGAAGCAAGACGGGGCGGAGCGAGAGUCGCACCAGAACGCCGCGCAGGAAACGGUAACGCAAAACUAACGACGAAGAACCAAGCUGUGCCGAUUCUUCAACCACCCUGCUCCAAGACUAUUUCUAGCAUAUAACAAGGUACUCUACCUGAGUGUGUGCUUUCCUAUUACUGUGAGGUUACUAUGGUUACCAAGAGCAACCUUUUAGGUCAUCUCAAACAUCCAUCACAACCAAUUCUACAUCAAUAUAUUGUUGAGUAUUUAUACCGCAACACAACAAAUUGACAGAAAAUCAAUAAAGGUGAGCGAAUGAAAGUAGAACUUUGUUUUAUUGCUGAAUAAAAUGUUAUAUGACAUUCAGAAUAAAAAUACACGAGACACAUUAACACUGCUUAAGUUAAUUUACAAAGACUGAGUCGUUCAUUGAAAAAGCAAAACAUGAACCGUGCGUUGUAGUACUUGGAGAGUCAAGUAUUUUAAGAAGGCAGCAAUAUAUUCUUUAAGAGAACUUCCCACCAUGAACAUUGCAGCAAAAAUGCACAUAGUCCUCAAAUGCUUGCUUUGCUGUGUGGAAUAAUCUUAAAUAAUUUCCACAUCCCACAUUUGGUGGACUUUAUUCGGAUCCAGGGUGUUGAGAAUCAGUUGGUUUUUGUCAUAAUGAUGCCCUCCUGUGAAAGACAUAUUUGAAUUCAUUAUGCUGUGCAUUAAUAAAAGAUGCUUGUGUGAGUUAAAAA